CAGCAGCAGCAGCAGCAGCAGCAGCAGCAGCAGCAGCAGCAGAUAUCUGAGGUGUAUCUUGAGCUAUUGUAUCAUCGUAUAAAAAAGAAUAAAUGGAUCCCUCCUCCUGAUCUCCCUUUUCUUACUCAAUCCUUGCUGCUGCUCUCUCCUCCUGCUGCUCUUCCUACUCUUGCUGCUGCUUCUUCUUUUCCUGCUGCAGCAGCAGCUGGUGGUGGUUCUGGUGCAGCAGCAGCAGCAACAGCAGCAGCACUGCCACGGCUGUAUAAGGAGCCAUUCAUCCUUGAUCUUGUUCGUCAUCCUUCCCCCACAACCAGCAGCAGCAGCAACAACAGCAGCAGCAGCAGCAGCAGCAGCAGCAGCAGUGGUGGUGCAGCAGCAGCAACAGCAGCAGCAGGAGGGGUAAUUGAUAAUAAUAUGUUAAUUCCUUUGCUGUAUUAUCUUGUAGAUUGUUUAUGGCAUGAAUUGCUUGAUGCUUUUUGCGGUGUAUUGGCAGCUUAUUCACAGAGGAAAUCAGCAGCAGCAGCAGCAGCAGCAGCAGCAGCAGCAGCAGCAACAGCAGCAGAAGAAGCAGCAGCAGCAGAAAAAGCUGUAAAAGGAAUUGGUUUGCUGCUUGAGCUUGGCUGCCUAGAGAAACAUAUUGAAUGCAUGCAAUCAGCAGCAGCAGCACUGCAGCAGCAAGCUGGCUUCCGUUAUGCGCAGCAGCGGCUGCUGCAGCAACACACGAAUAUACAAGCAGCAGUGCUGCUGCUGCAUGCAGCACUGCAGCACGGGGCUGUAUUUACUGCUGCAGCAUGGAGGGAUGUCUUGCUGCUUAUAUCUCAGUAUGAGAGUCUUCGUGCUGCACCUACAGCAGCAGCAGCAGCAGAAGCAGCAGCAGAAACAAAUACUAAACAAACAAGACAACAGGCAGCAGCAGCAGCAGCUGCAGCAGCAGCAGCAGCAAAAGCAGCAGCAGCAGCAACUGCAGCAGCAGAAGCAGCAGCAGCAGCUGCUGCUGCUCCUAUCACCCCCUUUGUCUAUGAGAAUGAUAUAAGGACACAACAACUGCAGCUGCAGCAACAGCAGCAACUCCAGCAGCAGCAGCAGCAGCAACAGCAGCAGCAGCAGCAGCAGGAGGACGAGGAGGAGGAGGAAAUAAAUAGAUUAAUUAGUAAUGAAUUAAAUAUAAUAAAAGGAGAAGAAGAAGAAAUAAUAAUAAUAAAUAAAAAAAUAAUAAAUAAUAAUUAUAUAGAUAUAGAUAGGUACCAGCAGCAGCAGCUGCUGCUGCAUAAGAAGCAGCAGCAGCAGCAGCAGCAGCAGCAGCAGCAGCAGCACCAGCAGAAACAGCAGCAACAGCAGCAGAAACAGCUGCAGCAGAAGCAGCAGCAGUUGCUGCAGCAGAAGCAGCAGCAGUUGGAGGAAGACUCAGAGCAACAGUCGAAGGAAGAGCAGCAGCAAGACAGUGGAGAGGAUCAGCAGCAGCAGCAGCAACUGCAGCAGCAGCAACUGCAGCAGCAGCAGCAGCAGCAAAAGGGAGAUGAAGAGGAAGAGGAGACAAUAAUAAUGGAGGAAUUAAUGAAUAUAGAUUUUGUGUCUCCUUUUGCUGCUGUAUCUCUAAGUGCAGGAGCAGCAACAGCAGCAACAGCAACAGGACCAGCAGCAGCAACAGCAGCAGCAACAGCAGCAGCAGCAGCAGCAGCAAUAAGAAGUUAUAUUAUAGAUAUAUUAAAUAAUAUUAUCUUUGCUGUUGGGCAUAACAUCUGCAUAGGUUGGUCAUCUAUUAUUAUUUGUCUGCAUGCAGAGGCAGCAGCAGCAAUAACAGAAGCAGCAGCAGCAGCAAAUGCAGCAGCAGCAGCUGCAGCAGCAGCAGCAACAGGAGCGUCGUCGUCGUUGUUGUUGCAGCAGCAACACGGGACGAAUGCAGCAGCUAUAACAGCAGCAAAUAAAGCAGCAGCAGCAGAUGCAGCAGCAGCAGCAGCAGCAGCAGCAGAUAAAUUAAAUAAAAGGUUGCUGCCUAUAUUAAAUAUAAUAAAAGAAAUAAUUAAUAAAUAUUUUGCUGCUGUGCAUGCAGCAGCAGCAGCAAAUAUUGUCUCCUUAUUAACUCUUGUUGCUGCUGCUCCUCUUGUUCCUCAUCUUGCUGCUGAUGCUGUACAUACACUAGAAGCAGCAGCAAAUGCUCUAUUACGUGCUGCAGACCAACAGCAGCAGCAGCAGCAGCAGCAAAUCGAAGACAAACAGCAGCAAGACAAAGACACAGCAGCAGCUCCAUCACCGCAGCAACAUGAGCAGGCGCUGUCUACUCCUCUGCUCGGCCAACAUGCUGCUGCUGCUGCUGCUGCACCUGCAGCAGCAACAGCAGCAGCAGCAGCACCUGCAGCAGCAACAGCAGCAGCAGCAGCACCUGCAGCAGCAGCAGCAGCAGCAGAUCAGAGUUUCCCUGUCUUUGUUUCUAUCCUGCUGGCGUUAGGGCAGCUGGCGUGUCGGCCUGAAGGUGCCGCAGCAGCUGCUGCUGCAGCAGCAG